UUUUUUCUUACAACACUUGUAUGUUUUUAUGCUAAAUUAAAUAUAUGUUAUCAUAAUUGGGCUUAUGGACAAAAUGUUGUACCACUUAAUAUUGAAACUCCUCAACAAGCAACAACAACAGGUGCUACAUCAAUGAGUCCUUUUACAGAAUCACUUUCAGUAACACAGAAAAUACAAUCGAGAAUUCCAUUUGUACCAUCAACAUCGAUGACAAUGUUAUCGGAUCUAGAAAUAAAUAAAGUUAUAAUAGCACGAUCAAUAAAAAUUGAUAAGACAACAAUUAGUAAAGAUAAUAUGACUUAA